AUGGACGACAAGGUGACCGCCCUUUCAGAGGAUGAUGACUUCUCCCUGAACUGUCUGGUCGACGGAAAUCCAAAACCGAAAGUAACAUGGCGGCGGAAGAAUACAAAGUUGUACUGGAAAAACCCUCUCCGGUUCCACCGUGUGCGCUAUGAUGUAGAAGGAAUGUAUCAGUGCGUAGCAACAAGCGAUGGAUUCCUUGAGAAGACGAAGGAUGUUUUCAUCGAUGUUGUGGGAAAACCCUAUAUGGAAGGAGAAGGCGACACAGCGAUGGUAUCUGCCGAUACCGGGGAAACAGUGCGACUUGCUUGUACUGUUGCAGCCGACCCUUUGCCAUCUCGUGUCCAGUGGACCUGGCGAAAUAAUUACGGGUUUGAAACCGAGCUAGAUAGUGCUGAUUUCCGUAUAGUCACAACCAGACGGAACCAGGAAAUGACGUCGUCACUGACCAUACAGAAUGUGGCUGUGAAGGAUGGUGGAAGCUACAUCUGCGAGACAACCAACAUGUUCGGGACUGUCAAGCGAAACAUACACUUGGAGAUCAAAGAAUCCAUUCCAAAGACUGUCAUGAUCCCAGCUAUCACCGGUGGAGUGGUUCUUCUGGUGACAGUUGCUGUGGUGGUUACCAUAGUCAUUUGCAAGAGGAAGGGCUGGAUAUGCAAGUCUUAUCAAGACGACUCCCUUGACCUGUCCGCCUCCCGCCCGAUGCCUCCUGUACCGAAGUACGUGUACAAGACCGGCACCAUUGACUCCGGUGUGGAGGACCUGGAGCUACAGGAGAUGUACGGUACACUCAAGCCUCGGCCUCCGCCACGGAUGGAGAAGAAGUGGGAGUCGAUGAGUGUUUUCUGGCCUCUGGUGGACUUAGUGAGUUCAGAUGUCAGGUGGUCGCUGUUCCUGAGGGAGUAA